AUGUCUGACAUCCCCCUGCAGCAAGCAGCCCAGAACGAGCCUUGCCACUCCUGCUUGACUGCUUUAGAAGCUGCAGCGUCAAUGGCUAGACUGGUUCUACAAGGCGUAUGGCACAUUUUCUGUUUCAUUGUGGACAUUCAGAUGCUCAUUGAAGCUAGAUAUGAUACCCGACCCCCUUACUCAAGAAGGACUCAACGCAAUCGCAGAGGUCACACAGGGUCAUUGGAGCUAAUGGUACGGUUGCUGCCUGGAAUGCUCUCAUUUUAUUUUAACACUUCACUUUCAGAAUCCGUUGAGAACGCAGCUGGUGGCACUUCCACAGCAGGAGAAAGUGCAAUCCCUUUGGUUGCCGAUCCUGCCACUGAGGACCACCGCUGGUAUGCGGUUACUGUGGGCCGGGCACCAGGUGUCUAUCGCGGCGCGUACCACCUUAGUGGAAACUCUACUGGCACCCCAGGCGGAACAGUGCAACGAUUUUCAGAUAUGCAUUGUGCCCUAGCAGCAUACCAGGCUGCCGUCCUAGCCGGAAGUGUUGUUGAAGUCACAGUAGCUACCACUCAUCAUGUUGUGUAUAAUGAUCUAUCUACUCUCAUUCCUGUCCUCAAAGCCCUCACCUUCACCCUCAUCUUGGUUGUCCUCCCCCUUCUCCCCCUCAUCCUGGCUGUCCUCUCCCUGGCCAUCAUCUUCCUCCUUUCUGCGUAA